UCCACUCCACGCAGUAGCCUACGCAGCAGCAGAGGAUAUGGAGCGGUGACGUGCCACUGAACAGAAGAAUAACACUUAUUUUUUUAAACGGAAUAAGUUUAGGUUUAGUGGCACUUACAGGGUUCCUCUUGUACUUCAAACGCAGAUGCUAGAAUACAGGAAAUGUCAGGCGAAUUCUCAGAGUAGUUCAGUCACCCCUCGCGCCUCUAGAGAGAUCUGUCUUCAGUUGAAUAUUGCGCGUCAGACGGGAAGGGUCGAAGAAUACCGCUCCUGUCGCCCUGGAGACCGAUGAUACCAAGAUGCUCGGGCGAAUGCAGUAUAUUAAAUUAACGACAGCACUCGCGUUGCUACCGUGUGUGUUCUCCUUUAACGUGGAUGACAAGAAUGGGCUGAAUUUCCAUGGUUCGCUGGAGGACAUGUUUGGAUACUCAGUCCAGCAGUUUGAGAACAGUGAAGGGAAAUGGGUACUUAUCGGUUCUCCCUUGGCCGGCCAGCCAGCCAAACGGACUGGAGAUGUCUACAAAUGCCCUGUGGAUCGAGGACCAAACCCUAAAUGUAUCAAACUGGAGCUGCCUGAAAACACAACAAUUCCUAACUUACACGAAGUCAAGGAUAACAUGACCAUGGGAACGACGCUGGUUACCAACCCUCAAGGAGGCUUUCUGGCUUGUGGUCCCCAGUACGGCUACAUGUGUGGUCAGCAGACGUACAUCUCUGGGGUAUGUACCAACGUCAGCUCAACCUUCCAGGUACUCAACUCCAUCGCCCCGGCCGUGCAAGAGUGUGCCAAGGAGCUUGACAUUGUCAUGGUGCUUGAUGGCUCCAAUAGUAUAUGGCCAUGGAACAGCAUCAUUGAGUUCCUGGUCAAGUUUCUGAAAAAUAUCGAAAUUGGACCUAAACUGUCCCAGGUGGGCAUUGUGUCAUAUGGAGAGCAAGUCAUUCACAAUGUGAACCUCAGCCAGUUUAAUAACACUCUAUCCCUGCUGGGAAAAGUGAUGAAUCUUGAACAGCAACAGGGUGUCAGGACCAUGACCUUCCUGGGUAUCGACACAGCAAGGAAAGAGGCCUUCACCGUGGAGCGAGGGGCGCGGCCCGGGGUCAAGAAGGUCAUGAUAAUCGUGACGGACGGAGAGUCACAUGACUCUCAUAACCUCAAAAAUGUCACCGCAGAAUGCGAGAAAGACGACAUUGAGAGGUUCGGUAUUGCAGUGCUUGGUGAUUACAACAGGAACAACAGAAGCAUCACUGAGGUGAAAAAGUUCAUUGAGGAGAUCAAGAACAUCUCCAGCGAUCCUGUGGGAGAUCACUUCUUCAACGUGUCCGACGAGUUUGCCUUGCUCACCAUCGUAGACGCUCUGGGAAGCAGGAUCUUUGCCUUGGAAGCAACGUCAGGUAACUACACCUCGUCGUUUGAGAUGGAGAUGUCCCAGGCAGGAUUUAGUGCCCACACCUCUAAGGAGGGUGUGAUGCUGGGAGCAGUGGGAGCGUAUGAAUGGAACGGGACAGUAGUGAUGCACACAGACCAGGGUACCAUGGUUCCCCUAAACGCAGACUUCCAUGACCCCCUGGACGAGAGGAAGGAGAGCCUGGCGGGGUAUGUGGGUUAUGAUGUGCAGUCUGCAUCAACCCCUAAUGGUGUAUUAUAUAUCACGGGGGCACCGCGGCACAACCACACAGGCAGAGUCAUCGUGUACAAACUGGAUGGGCAACACAUCACAGUCACACAAGUGCUGAAAGGAGAGCAGAUUGGCUCCUACUUUGGCAGCGUUCUCCAGACGGUGGAUGUUGACCAGGACUCGUACACAGACAUCCUGCUGGUGGGGGCUCCUAUGUACAUGGGCCCAGAGAGGGAGGAACAGGGGCAGGUGUACGUCUUCAAACUCAAUGAGAAGGGCAUGUUUGAGCACCAGGCCACGCUGAAGCCGGACAACCAGACGUGUUGUACCUCGGCCCACUCCCAUGGCUGCACCAACGUUCGCAAGAAUGACCCGUGUGGCGCCCGUUUCGGCACCGCCAUCGCCGAGGUCAGCGACCUGGACCUGGACGGGAACCGGGACGUGGCCAUAGGGGCACCGUUCGAGAAUGACCACAGAGGAGCAGUCUACAUCUACCACGGAGCCAAGAAGACGAUCAAGGAGAAAUACGUCCAGCGUAUCCCAGGUCCUGGAGACGGGGUGAAGACUAAGUUCUUUGGCCAGUCAAUCCAUGGAGUCAUGGACCUGAACGGAGAUGGAAUCAUAGACGUUACCAUCGGAGGUCUGGGAGGCGCUUCUCUGUUCUGGUCCAAGGAUGUUGCUGAGCUUUAUGCCAACAUGACCUUUGACCCGAGCAAGAUCAACCUCCAGCAGCCCUCUAAAGGCUGCAUGUUGGGCGGGAGGGAAACUGUGUGUGUGAAGACCAGGGUCUGCUUUAGCUACAGCGUCAAGUCUGAGAAGGAUGACACUAACUCGGGCACAGCCAUUAAGUACAGCCUGACGCUGGACUCUCUGAGGGCGAAGUCGAGGGCUGCGUUUGUCAACAUAGACGAGAAAAGUGAGAGGAAGGCCCAGGCCACCGCCAAGAUCAUAGACAAUCUGUGUGUGGAGCAUUUAUUUGCCAUGAAGGCUAAAUUGGACUUCAGAGACCCAAUCAUGGUCUCCCUGGAGUUUGGCCUGGCUGAGGACACGGGUCCCGUCCUGGAUGGAGAUCUACCAACGUCACUUAACAAAACGAUUCCUUUGGUGGACUGUGGGACCGAUGACAAGUGCAUAGCUGACCUAUCGCUGAAGGCUGUGCCAAGUAUACAAAGUCUUGUGAUUAAAGCGAACAAGGAGAAGUUCCACGUUCUGAUCACCACUAGAAACAGCAAAGACAAUGCGUACAACACCAAAGUUAUGCUGAGCUUUACUGAAAACAUAAACUACGUCAAGGUCGAGCCCAAAGAAAAAGACUGUAGUCUAAAUAAUACCAAAGUUGAGUGUGCUGUGGGAUAUCCAUUCCUCAAAAGCAAUGUAGAGGAGGUCUUUAAGAUCCUGUUUGAAGUCAACCCUGCACAUAUCUGGAAGGAAAUUCAGAUCAACGUAACUGCAACCAGUGACAGCGACGAAGUGAACAGCACCCUUUUUGAUAACUCGGUGAAAAUCUCCAUCCCUGUGAAGUACGAGGCUGGACUUAGAUUCACAGCUGACAGGCACAUGAAGGAGGACCACAUCAUAGUGAAAGAGGGAGAGCAGCACCCUAGGGUCUUCAACGGCACCAGUGUGAUAGGAGAAGAGGUCAAGAUCAGCUACACGAUUAAUCGGGAUGUGGAAAUGGCGACUCCUCCUCUGAAGCUAAGGGUGAAGUACCCGUACCUCUCACCCAGAGAGAACAUCCUGCUUUACCUGACUCGUGUCACCUCCUCACAGGAUGUGAGAUGCCAUGCCGGCCAUCUGAUUAACCCUUUAAAGAUCAACCACAACAAUGUCCACACUCUCAACCUUAAAAAAGAGACCCUCAGUGACUUCCUGGUGGGCUGUAAGGACCACCCAUGUGAGUCAUUUGACUGCUCCAUCCCUCACGUCAACAACAGCCAGGUCAAUGUUACCUUCAGGGUGUGGAAGCCCACCUUUAUCAAAGCAGAGUUCACCAGCCUUCAUAUGAUAGUUCAUGCCACCCUGGAGAACCAGAACACGGAUCUCUUCAUGUUGAGCACCGCGAAUAACGCCAGAGAUGUGAAGAUCCAGGUGUCUAAAGAGGCUUUGGGAGGUAUACCGCUGUGGAUCAUUAUAGUCAGUAUCCUAAUAGGACUUCUCAUUCUGGCACUGGUCAUCAUCGCCCUAUGGAAGGCUGGAUUUUUCAAAAGAAAAUCCAUGGAGGAUAUGGAGAAGGAGGACAUGAAGAAUUAACCCUUCCCACCACCCUGUAGGUCUGUCUGUGCCCCACUGUCUUUAGGUCUGUUAUCAGGUCAGUGAGAGGAGAUACCGUGGGAAAUACCAACCCAUUCACCUGAAUGCCAUCAGGUCAGAGGAAAAGCCAGAGUUUAUCUAUGGUUCUGCACCAACCUAUUCACCUGAAAGUGAUAUGGCCCAUCUAUAUGAACAACAUGGUCUACCAGACAUAAUAACAACUUGGUCCGGGUUCAGUGGAAAGAGAAGCCUUGGGAAACAUUGAACUUGUACACUGUGGUCUUCCGUCUAUCCAACUUGGGUACCAAGACCUGGACCUUAAGGACCUAAGCUAGAAGAGACAUCAGAAGACCUAGAUGUCUGGCAUCCUGACUCAGAACUGAUCAUAUGAUGCCACAACCUUAUCAGCUUUAUUACAACAGAACAAAACAUUCUCAGGUUUACUUAGAACAUCCCAAUGCCACUAAAAACACCCCAGACUAUGGCAUUAAACCAAAGUUGCCCAAGUCCACGUGACCUCUGGUGGGUUUGCACAGACAAUCUGCAGUGGGUUCGAAUCCUGUGUCCUAGUUGUUUGAUACAUUUGCAAAAUGUUCUAGUCUUACAAGCUCAGUCUUUAAGUUCGAUUGUUGUUGUAUGUUUUACCAAAAUGUUCCUCCGAGUAGUAAAGAGGUGUAUCCCACCAAAAGAAUAUAUUCUUUAUAAAAGAAGAGGAGGAAUAGAUGCUAUUGACAUAAAUACUUUCAUUUAUCUUGUCACGACAUGGGGGUAGAGAAUUUACAGAUUGCACCUUUACAGUAUUAGGAAACCUUUUGAUUCUGCUGUUAAUGUAAGUGAAUGUAAAGCUUCUACAUAAAGUUGUUUGCAACAAUUCCUAGAAUUGAAGCUAAAACGGACAUAAAUCCAGCAUGCAUCAAGAAGGCCCUACACUCUUAGAAAAAAAGGGUUCCAAAAGAGUUCUUUGCAGAGGGAGAGGGUUUUUACCAAGAACCAUUUUUGAUCAGAAGAACCCUUUUCGGAAGUCAAGGGUUAUUUGUAAGGCAAAGGGUUCUACCUAGAAACUUUAACAUGCUAAGAACCAGAAGAAAGGCAAGAAGGGUUGUACAUAGAGCCAUAUAUAGUAUUUCCCAGCAUGCAGCAUAUAUUGUUUUACUGUAGUAUCUCUGUUUUUGCAUGUACAUUGAUUGGCUAAUACAUUUUAUGCUACACAAAGAUACAUAACAUACUGUUUUCUAAACUGAUCCAAUCUGUUGGAUUCGUUACUUAGAUGGUUGUUCCAGUUUAGAUGACUGAGGAAGUCUCAGUAAUCAGACUUCCCCUCCCUGGCAGUCAUUCUGAAUGCAGGUUGGGGCUGAUUUAAUAAUUCCACUUGUUGGCUAUCCUAACUCUGGCUGGAUUCCAAUAGGAAUUACACAUCACUUUGCAAGCCAGCAUAAUGUGACUUGCAGGCCUGAUGUGGCAUGUAAACCAGGAGAUUCCUAACACCACUGUGUUCUGGUAUAACUAGGCCCUUAAAGAAAGGCCUUAUGAUAUAUGUAAUAUAUUGUCAUAAAUAAUUAAAGGUGAAGGCUAAUAAGGCUGGUGGAACCAUUCAUAAAGUGUAUUAGGAAGAACCCUACAAAGAUAAAAGGAAGAACCUUUAGAUGAUGAUGAUAAAACGGUUCUUGGUAGAACCAUAUACAGGAGGUUCUUUGCAAAGGAUUCUACCCAGCACCGAAAGGGGUUCCCCUAUGGGGACAAACUGAAGAACCUGUAUGGUUCUACUUAGCACCUUUUUUCUAAGAGUGUAUGUGUCAGUAAUAGAGAGAAAAUAACUCAUUUGCUCCAAUGUUUCUCAGGUGCUACGUACUGUAUGAUAGUAUGGUGAUAGUAUAAUGAGUAUGUUCGGCCUUAAUAAUAUGGAGUAUAUGGAGCUUUGACAUCAUCUGAAUUAGAUAAAACAAACAAACGUAGUAUUUUAAAAUAAAAAUAUUGGUCUUAGAUUUUGAUCGAAAAUCGAAAUGUCCAACAAAAUGUGCAUUGGAACUAGAUUCAUUUAGCCUCCAUCCGCUAAGAUUUUAGUUUUUUGCCUCCCCUUUCUUUUCUGUCUUGUCUUAUUUUGGGAGAUUGAUUCGUGAGGUAGCCUACAGUUACCCAGAAAGCCUCUCAGUGGAGUGUAACCUGAUUCCUGAUGUCUUCAUUUGACAGUAGGGCCGAACAAAAAUACUUUUGUCAUGAAGACUGUCAAAAUCGGGGAAACUUGGGCGAUUGACAGUCACAUACUGGGGGUGAUUUGACAGCCUAUGACGGACCGGUAGAGGUUUGAAAUCACCCUCACCAUGUGACACUCGUGAAUGUGAGUUGCAUCCCCCACUCCUUUUGAUAUUUAUGCACCUUGGCUUAUUCUCCUCCUGAAUCUAUCUGCAUUUUGUUCCCAUAUUUUGCAUACGUUGCAUUGUAUAUAAGAGACACUCAUCACUUUUGAAAGCACAAGUAAUAAAGAUCAAAUGUCUGUCCAAUGUGUAAGAUCAUGUUAACACAGCGAUCCUCCAUCCUGUCCCCUUCUGGAGAACGUAUUUGUCACAGCUCGGCGGUGAUGGAGUCAGCCGAUGAAGAUUUGAUUACGGAUGAGUUGAAUCAGUAACCGUACUCUGAAACCCAGAACCAAAUUUGUGUGUGCCGACCAGCUUCUCGAUUUGACAUUUAAUAACAUUCAUGUUAACAGUCUGUCUCAAGGGGUUGUUGUAUCAGGUGUGAUGGCACUAAGGUUGCAUAACAACCUGCAUUACUUUGACUCUCCAGGAGCAGGUUUGAGGAUCACUGAUCUAUCGUCUCAGUCCACUUUGACCGAGGGAGGGAGGGAGGGAGGGUGGGAUGGAGGGAGGGGGCUGAGCUUGCAUCUGACUGAUAUGGUCCAGUCAUACACACUGCUGUGAAAUGUCCACUUAAUGCACUGGUUUGUCAUACUGUAUGUACUCUCAUUAGCACAGAUUUGAAAGCAUUUAGAAAGCAUUGCACAUGUUGUCAAGGAUCUUAUGCAGAAAAAUAAUAAAACCUUGUUUUGUAAUGUUGGA